UUUCUUUCACACCACUUUCUCUUUCACCAAAACUUCUCUCUUUCUCUCUCCUCAUUUUUUUUUUUUUUUUUUUGCUUCAAUUUCCAACACUAUACUUCUUCAACAACACUCCUUCGUAGCAACAUCUUCUCAUCAAAUCAAAUUAGGGUUUCUGACGUAUUAAAGAUUUCGGAGAAAUGGCGAAUAGAGUAGAUCACGAAUAUGAUUACCUCUUCAAGAUCGUAUUGAUCGGUGAUUCAGGUGUUGGUAAAUCUAACAUACUUUCGAGGUUUACGAGGAAUGAAUUUUGCUUGGAAUCUAAAUCCACCAUUGGUGUUGAGUUUGCAACUCGUACUCUUCAGGUAGAAGGAAAGACUGUGAAGGCGCAGAUAUGGGAUACUGCUGGUCAGGAGCGUUAUCGGGCUAUCACCAGUGCUUACUACAGAGGUGCUGUUGGUGCUCUUCUUGUCUACGAUAUAACUAAGAGACAAACAUUUGAUAAUGUCCAGAGGUGGCUUCGUGAACUGCGAGACCACGCAGAUUCUAAUAUUGUCAUUAUGAUGGCUGGAAACAAGUCCGAUCUAAAGCAUCUGAGAGCCGUCUCAGAAGAAGAUGGACAGGCCUUGGCUGAAAAGGAGGGCCUCUCGUUUCUUGAGACAUCAGCAUUAGAAGCAGUCAACAUCGAGAAGGCUUUCCAAACGAUAUUAACAGAGAUUUACCAUAUAAUAAGCAAGAAAGCUUUAGCAGCCCAAGAAGCUUCUAGCAACCUUCCCGGUCAAGGUACAACCAUCAAUGUCGCCGAUGCAUCAGCCAAUCAGAGGAGAUCGUGCUGUUCUACUUGAAGGUAUAAUCAAAGCGUGCAAGAGGAUAGCUAGCAAGCAUCAGGCUCUCUCUUUCUCUUCUGUUUUAUUUUACCAAAAAUUUUCCCUUAUUUUUUCACCUUUAUAAUUUCUGGGGGAUGAGACAAUGUAGAAUACCUUUCGAUCAUUGAGUUGUGAUGACGAUUGACGAGCUUGUGAAAGUGAAAUACCCUAGAGUUAUUGUUAUUAUUAGCUCAGAAGGCUUCCCCAUUCAUUUGUUGAUUAGUUCCUUUUCUGUUCACUUGGAUUGGAACUAACUGGUAGUGACCUACCCCAAGAAUUGAUGUCAAUAUGUCACUUAUUUUUGAAGGAUGUUUGACUAGAACCUUUCAAUUAUAGUGAACUCUUAACAAUAGACACCAUAUCUUGUUG